UUUCUCAUCCAUCGCCAAAUUUCCCAUCGAUUGUUUCUGAGCCAGCGGGGGGAGAGAGAGAGAGAGUGGAAGGAGGUCACGUAACAAACGGGGGGUUUGAUCGAUUGGUUACCUUCUCGUCCUUCUCGAUGUUGAAAGAUAUUUUGAUUUUUUGCAUUGCAUCACAAGAUCGAUCAGUAGGGUCUGACGGGGUCUGUUGCCUUGUUCGAUACCAAAAAUCGCAUUUUGUAAUAUGUUGUUUUUUCGGUUUUCCGCUGCCUGGUAGUCGUAAUAUUGGAGCAAAGCAACGGGUGAAGCCGUCACCUUAGUGGCCUGGCCCCAAGAAGGGGGUAAAUCAUGGGGGCAUUUGGCCAGUGCAGUGGCCCUUUGAAUGGGGAGGUCAAACACCCAUCCGCCUCCCAUGCAGGAAUUGAAAGAUCUGCAAUGAGAUUCAAGAAAGGGAAUAAGGUGGAAGUUUGGAACAGGAGGGAGGUUCUUUCUGGCUCUUGGUGGAGUGCCGAAAUCAUAUCUGGUAAUGGGCAUACAUAUUCUGUGAAGUAUGAUGGGUAUCCGACAAAUAGCUGUUUGGCAGUGGAUAGAGUGCCAAGAAAAGCCAUUAGACCAUGCAGACCAUCAGAGGACCUUAAAGAGUUGAGCAUUGGCGAUGUUGUGGAGGUCUUUGACAAUAAUUCCUGGAAGCUUGGUGAAGUUCUGACGAUAAUUGAUAAAAACUAUUGUUAUAUGCUGCUCCUUGACUCCUUGAAGGAAUUACAAGUUCACAAAUCUUACAUUAGGAGACAACUGUCCUGGGAAGACAACAAAUGGACUGUGAUUCAUAAGGAUUCUGGAGAAAAAAAUGAUCGAAAACAUAGUGGCUCAGUUAGAGGUGGGAAGUCAAAAUGCCCUAUGCUCCAGCCACCUGAGAAGACGAAGACCAAAAACAACAAUUUUCCAAUGGUUCUGUCAAAAAGAAUGAAUAAAAGGAAACUUGAUAUGGUCGUUCCCACUAAUACAUGCAAUGGAGGAAGAAAAAAGAUGGCAAUUGUGAAAGAUGAAAGUUGGCAAAGAAUAUCUGAGAGUGAAGCAAAGGUAGAUAAUGCUACUUCAACUGGAAGGUUGUUUGGUGAAAAAUACAUCAAUUGUUACUUAAACAAAAGAACUGGUUCCUCCAAAAUUGAAUCAGGGAGCAUUGUACCACAUUCAGAUGAAAACAACUAUUUUUGGAGUUCAGUGAAUGCUGAUGCUGAUAGUACUUCAUCAUCUGUUGGCAGUUGUAGUGUUGACAACAGUCCAUGUGGAUCACUGAAGGACCAUGAAGAAGUGUGUAGUCAUACUGAUCAUGCUGAAGCUUCUUGCAGUUAUGUAAGAGAUUCAUCUCCUUCUAAGAAGGUUAACUCGCAAUCAGAAAUUCAUCUGCUGGAGUUGAGCGCAUAUAGAUCCACAUUAACAGCAAUGUAUGUUUCUGGGCCGGGCCAAAGUUGGAGGCUUCUAAGCUUUGCUUCCAUAGGCCUGUGAAUCCUUGAUGAGGGUUGAAUUGUGAUGCCUUUGCGCUUCAAUCAGUUUGGCAAGAUUUCCAUCUUAUUCUCAUGGUGGGUAUAUCAGUUUUGGUUCUUGUAUUUCUGUUUGUGACUAUUUCAGAUCUUUUAUCUGUGAUACAUGUGAGAUGAAAGGAAAUUUACCAUAGAUAUUUAAUUUAAAAAAUUUGAAACCUUUUUUAGCAUCAAACGAUUAAUCUUUUAUUUUGUUAUUAGUGUUAUUGCAAGGUUUUUGUAACUAGUCUGAAUUAUGACCUAGAGUGAAGUUAUGCCCCUAGAUGCUUUACAUUGGAGCUUUUAUCUGACAUGUUUUUGCUCCUAUUUGCCAAAGUUGUCGACAUUUUCCAAUGGUUGAGUCUUAUGUCUUAUAUCUCAAAUGAUCUUCUUCUAACGUUUUCAUUUGAGGAGAACUGGAUCAGUCACAUGAGGUGUGCAAUCGUGCAUUGGCAAACUUUGGACAGGCAAGCAUCUUUCCUCAGAUUUUGAACCAUUUGUUGUUCUCUUUCAUUCUUGGGUGGAAAAGAAAUUUCUGUGCUUUCCCCCCCUCACUUUUAUGUGGUUUUUAUUUUUAUCCAUAAAAUUUAAAUUUUGUCAGUAGAUUCAUAUUAUUGUGGAAUCAAGUGGGCAUAUUGUUUCCUAGUGGAUUUAAACACUACUCUAACUCCAAAAGAAAAUGUCAGUACUCUUUCCUUUGAACUAUCAGGAUUUUUGAAUAACAAGCAACUUCAUAUUUUAAACUCCUAUUGAGUCCUUCUCUAUGCAGGCAGGCUGAGGGAUUUAACUUGCAAAUACUAUGCCUUGCAUUGGAAGUGAAUCAUGAAGGGCUAAUCCAAUAUAUGUUUCUUAAAUCAGGAAAAUGUUCUGUUCCUUUUGUUCAUGAAAAAUUGCAUUGGUCUUGGAAUCAUGGUUCCUUUUGUUCCUCAAGGAUGCGCACUCCUUCAAAAUCAAACUUUAUUGCUAAUUGAUUUGAUUCUGGGUUGAUUAACCUUUGAGAGAAUGGAUACACUGUUUUUUGAGUUGAUCAAUCUGUGAGGAACUGAAUACCACAUUGUUGAUUGUUUAUAGCUCGGAAAGACUUACAAUUGCUGAACCUGAUUAAUGUUAUGGUCUGGAAAUCAUAAUCUUGCAGAAAAUGUUGUCAUUAUCUGCUAAAAGGAUGUUUUUUGGAGUUGCUUUUCAAGUUUCUGAUGGCAGAAAAAACCCAAGUUGAAUCCAUUGCUGCAUCCUUAUCGUGUAUUCGUCCGGUGUCCUGUCAAAGGUCUGAUUGCCCAAACUAUUCGGGCGAUAAUUUUUUUCCCUGAUAACUCAGGUUUUCAGUUUGUAUGAUCUGAUUAAUCACGGAGGUGACCGAUCCUGGCCAAGUUUCCCAUCAGUCCCUAAAGGGGCAACCUGGAAGCGCUUUAGCAACUAUGUCAACAGCUGACUUGGGCAGUCUUUGCCGUUCUUGUAAGACCGUUCCAUCUCCAAAACGAGCACUUCACUCAGAGGUCAACUCGUCGUUUUUUUCACUUUGGUACUUCGACUCAUGACUGUCUAGUCGAAAUUUUUCCAUCAAGUUCAGUCAGUUUAUGUUCCAGUAGAAGAUUGAACCGUGGUGUUCGAUCAGUCCAUAAUCCUUUACCGCUGAUAGAUAACAUCAAAUGAGCAAGAAAUGACAAUCUUUCACUGUAAAUGACAAUCUGAUUAUUAUCAAAUUGCUAUUUGAUAGCAACAAA